AUGGAUCAGUUAGCUUCCACAGCUUCAAAAGUAUUAACUGUAGAUGACAAAAAUCGUCCAUCAGAUUCCACAAUUUCAACAGCAUUAACUUUUGAUGAUACAAUUUGUCCACCAGAAAAACAUGACGUAGAAGAAGCUUUUAAAUGGUCUCAUGAGGCCAUUCUCCUACUUGUAGAAGAAUAUCGUGGACAUGAGAAAAAAAUGACAUCAGGCAAAUUAUCGCAAAAACAUAUGUGGGAAUUGAUUAGUGGAGCUCUUCGUAGCAACGGAUAUUGUGUUUCUGGCCCACAGUGCCAAAGCAAAUUCAAUGGCAUGAAGAGAACAUUUAAAUCCAUCAAAGACCAUAAUGCAAGGUCAGGUAAUGCUCCUCGAGCCUGGCCUUACAUGGAGGUUAUGGAAGCUUUCUUAGGGGAGAAGCCAUUUAUGAACCCCGUUGCUGUAGCUUCUUCUACGGGUACAACUGGAAUAGAGAGUGAGGACAGUGACAUUUCCAUGGACAACUGUGACAUCUCUAGGCUAUUAUGGAAAGUAGAAGAAUUGGCGAAGAAAAUAGACAAAGACGACAUGAGCAAAUGA